AUGUCCGAGAAUCAUAAAGAUUUCCAGAUCGCCAUUAUCGGCGACGGUAUUGCAGGAAUCGUCCUCGCGAUCUCGCUUCUCAAAAGGAACAUCCCCUGCAAAAUCUACGAGAGAGCGCAUGCCUUGAGCGACAUCGGUGCCGGCCUAGGAAUAAGCCCGAAUGCACAAGACGCCAUGGCUACUUGUGAUCCAAGCGUACAUGAAGCUUUCAGAAAAGUCGCCAAUGGCAAUACGUGGGAGUCUAAGAAAAACUUCUUAUUUGAGUUUCUUGACGGCAUGGACGGGGCCGCUACUGACUCCUCUCUGUCCCAUAUCGAGAAUCGUACGGGAUUACAAGGCUGCCACAGAGGAGCCUUUGUAAAUGAACUUAUCAAGCUCUUACCCGGUGACGUGGUCCAGUUUAAUAAACAACUUCAGACAGCGGAGGAAGAUAGCAGUGGUGGAAUCCGCCUUGUCUUCCAAGACGGGUCGAUUGAAGAGGCGGAUGCUGUUGUUGUUGGCUGUGACGGCAUCAGGUCCAAGGUUCGCGAAAUUCUAUUUGGAGUAGAUCACCCAUCGUCUAAGUGUCCUUACACACAUAAAUACGCCUACAGAGGAAUGAUUCCUAUGAAACAAGCAGUUGAGGUGCUGGGGGAAGAGAGAGCUCUCAAUGCCACCAUGUGGUCUACCUCUUAA